AUGCGGGGCUUGGCGGCGGCACUGCUGCUCCUGCCGUGGAUGCUGCUGCUGCUGCAUGCGGCAGCCGUGGGCAACGGGAGCUGCGCGCGGAGCUGCGGGGCCUUGACGGUGCAGUACCCGUUCGGCUUCUCCCCCGGCUGCGAGAUACCGCUCGGCUGCGACCAGGCGAACGGCACGGCGUGGCUCGGGGGCGCGCGCGAGCUGGGCCUGCUCGUGUCCAACGUCACGGCGCGCGCGCUCUUCCUCGCCCUGCGCCCAAACUGCUCCCGGAGGCUCAACGCCUCCCUCGAGGCGCUCUUCACGAAGACGUACGCGCCCGGCAGGCAGAACGCGCUCGUUGUGAGCUCGUGCAGGCCCGCCUCCCUGGCCGCCGACAUCAGCAACUGCAGCGUCCACCCUAGCGCUUACUUCGACAACUCGUCCCAGUGCGGCCGCGGCGCCGCGGACUCCAUCCACUGCGUCGUGCCGACACAGCCAACCAGCGACGACAACAUCCGCGUCCCCGACCGUUUCUUAAACAGAACCGAGAUGCAAACGCUCGCCGCAGAAUGCACCGGGCUGGUGGCGGCGGUGAGCUACGACUGGGACGCGCCGGCGCCGGCGCUGCUGCUAUCCACGAUGGAGCUGGAGUGGUGGAUGCUCGGGCCGUGCCGAUGCUCGCGCCAAGCUAACUGCACCCGGGUCACCACGCCGGACGCAAGGCAGGAGGCGUUCCGGUGCGAGUGCCGAGUGGGCUUCGAGGGCGACGGCUUCGCCGAGGGCGCCGGUUGCCGGAAAGACGCGGGCAACGGCAGCUGCGCGCGGAGCUGCGGGGGCUUGACGGUGCAGUACCCGUUCGGCUUCUCCCCCGGCUGCGAGAUACCGCUCGGGUGCGACGACCAGGCGAACGGCACCGCGUGGGUCGGCGGCGCGCGCGAGCUCGGCCUGCUGGUGCACAACGUCACGGCGCGCGCCGUCGUCCUCUCCCUGCCCCAGGACUGCUCCCGCAGACUCAACGCCUCAAUCCAGGCGCUCUUCUCGAAGAGCUACGCGCCUGGCUCGCAGAACGCGCUCGUCGUGAGCGCGUGCAGCCCCGCCUAG